AUGGCCGAAUCGCCAUUCCCUUUGCGCCGCUCCUCGACACUCCCCAGAAGCAGGGCCAUUUCGACAGGCAGAUAUAGCCUGGGAUCGCAUGAGCUCUCGACCAGCAGUCCCUCCCACUCCGACCAAAUCCUCUACUCCAGCCCGUCCGCGAAGAUCUUCAAGUUCGAGCUGCCAAACUCGUCUUCGUCCUCCCCAAUCCUCCCCGACCUCGACUACCCCGUGGACGCCAUAGAAACACUCCCCUGGCAGCUACCGACGGAGAGGCUGUCCUCUAUCGGCCCGCUGAAGAUAGAGACCGUUGCGGGCUCGGCGGCGUUUCUGAAAUCCGGCAGCGUGGUGUACCCUCUGCUCAAGAACAGCCAGUGCUGGUGCGUGGACCAGGUCUCUAGAUUCGUCUUCAGAAUACGGAAACUCACAUAUUAUCGUGUUGAGUUGCCGGGGGAGACGGAGGAAGAUAAAAACCGCGUCGAGAGCUUCAAGGGGGUCCUAUCCGGCAUUAUCAGAUAUGAAAUCACACCUUGUCCCUUUAAACGUGGGUUCUCUGUCGUCCUGCCGGAGGAGGCCAAAACACCCAAGAAGAAGAAGGCCUGGCAGCCGAAGUUUCAGCCGAUGCCUGCCUUUAUACCGUUAGACCUGGCUACUGAUGUCUCUUCGACGGCCUCGCGUGAUCUGGAAUCAAAUAGCGAGCCAGCAGUCGAUGUCCACAAAGACGCUACUCAGGAGCAGGGGCAGGAGCAGGAGCAGGAGCAGGAUCAGGAUACGGGGAACGGCUCGUCCAUGGCUGCUGAUGGAGAGUCUUUCCUGCUUGUACCAAAAAACAGGCAAUCAGACGGUUCCAGAGUGACUACUCCUCCGACCUUCCAAUCUUUGGUUGCCAAAUUCCAGCAAUUCCACGGUGCAAGUCACGUAAAGGAGCCAGAGAACCAGGAUUAUAUAGACGACAGCGAGCAGAUGUCAAGUUUAGGGUCUUAUCAUACGUGUGAAACGGAUGCUUCCAUUUCUCUCUCGGAUGCCCCGUACUCGGAUCCCCCCUCCCCAUGGAAUGAAGAGACUACUGCUGCACCAUCUUUGGCACAUGACGAAGACACCUCAGACCAAUCUCCAUCUAUUCCAGAGUCCGAUCCAUUUCUUGAUUCAGAUAAUGAUAAUAUGAGCCAAAUACCAAGAGUACUUUCAUCUAUAGACCAGCAUUCCACCCCCAGGCAACCUGCCUUUGACAGACACAACUCCAUCUACCUCUCGUCAGGGGAAUGUGUUGGUGUUGACGAGCCCAGCCCUGAUCUCCGUCAACGGCUUCGUAACAACCGCAAGAGAGACCUGUCACCUCUCCCACCGCCUUCCACUCUAUACUAUCCCUCUGCGCGGUCUCCCGCCAACCACCUCACUCAUGCAAUCAUGAAAAAGACAUGCACAUACGUUCUCGGCCCACCAGUCCAGUUCCUCAUGCUCCUCUUACGUCUUGCGGCAAAGGUGGCCGCUAAGAGGCCAUCUCCUACUUCCCCUGACUUCCCGGACCCAUACUCUGACCAGGACGACCUCGGUGAUCUAAGCGAAGACGACUACGGAAUACCCAUCCCCUAUCGCCCUUCUCUCAAACAGGUGAACUCGAAUUCCUUAAGCGUCUACGAUUCCUUGGACGAGACAGAUUAA